UUUCAAUCCAUUUAUUGAUCAAUUACCAACGAAGUGCAAUUCUGCAGUCGAAUUGAUUUCCAUAUCCAUGGCUUCUGAAAAUAGCACAUGAACGGGCUGACCUGUCGCUCUUUGUACUGUUGGUCUGCCUUAUGAGCUUCACACCCAGGUAUCUUCACCUGUGAACAGCCACCACACCAAGCACACCAACUGUGUUCUUGACACUGCAUUACAUGGUUCCAAUUUGGAUGCUUUACAUAUGCAUAUUCCGCCGCUCUUUGUCAUUGCCAAAAUCUUUGAAUGAAACAAUCACCAGGACAGGAGUUGUAAUUGGACCCAGAUAGAGAGAGAAAAGUAGAUUACUUCCAGACACAGUGGCCAACAGGUGUUUGUCGUACCUAAUGUAGGUUGCUGACUCCUACCGUGGUCUUGCUGUCUAAAUUACGCAGUCAUCUACUCUUGCUCAUAUCCUAAAUCGUGGAAAGCUUGCCGUCUCCAUAGGGGUUGAAGACAUGCAAGCCAAGUCUUACGGCAGAAUCCAAUGCUAGUUCUGUGAUGCCUUCUCCAUAUCUGGGAUUGUAUAGACCGUUUCCUCCUUUUUUUGAGUAUCACCCCAUGCAAGUGGGCUUUGAACUCCAUGAGUUGCAGAAUUUGUGUGAUGCGUCUGGAACCCUUUCUAGGUGUCUUCAGUCACUGCCCUUUCUGAUACCGCGUGCCCGUGAGCAGGACUAGACAAAAAUCCAAUAAUAAAGGCCCAUCUCAGAUAUUCCUUUGAAUUAAAUGGAAGGACAUCUUUUCAUCCUUGAGAUCUCAUGGGUUUCAUGCAUUCAAUCACCUGGAGUCAAAAAAAUCUCGACCCUGAAACGUGUUCUUCACCAUUUGAAACUAGUUUACCAUGUUUUAAAUUGUUUUUCUAGCUGUGACGAGAUUCUAAAAAUGGGUUUUCACAGGCUCAAGGCAUUAUGAAGCUUCCAGUUUCAUGUUUCUCAAUACCGGUCAUUCCCAGCACAUCUAUGGCCAUUUUAUGAUGGAUGAAACAAUAUGGGAUAGGAAAUAUUGCUGGGAUCUACCAAAGGGAGAUGCGAGCUGGCACAGUCAAGCUCUACUGAGACCACCAUCAGCCAGCAGACUCAAUGAAUAGAUACCACGAACUUGUUUCACGUACCCAAAGAGCACUAUUUUUCAAAAUUGAACCAAAUCAAAUCCCCAGUGCCUAAGGGAUAUAAAAGACCUAAUGUCUCUUCACUUGACAAAUAUUUGAUAGUUUCAACAUCACGAAUCAUAUCUUAUUUGACCUUUAUUCAAGUUGAAAUUGAAUACCUGCCUGAAUUAACUGAUUUCAUCAACUUCUUCCAUCACAGUAAAGAUCAGCAACACCCUACUCAGACAUGAGUGAACCAUUGCAAGCAAGUCCUCCUACAGGGUCCUCCUUGGAAAUCAAGCCGAAAUUCGUCAUCAAGCCCGCUAGGCGAAUCAAACCGAAUGUUCCCGUGGAGUGGCCCAUCUUGAUUAGUCUUAAUACUCGUGAUGCUACGGGUUUCCAGGACAAGCGAGUUACACGUAUUGAAACAACUCUGCACAUUCAGAGAGCAGACCAGGAGAACACAUCUAUGCCUGAACAGUUUACGUCAAACACUUUCAGAGUCUUAGAUGGGCUUCCCACCUACCAUUGGGUGCUUUUCAGGAAUGUCCUAUUUGGAGCUCUGGGGAAUUUCAAAGUAGGUGCAGUUGCGCACUUUACAUUUGCAGACAACAGCCAGGUUUCACGGCGCACUGUCCUCAGUAACUUUGUUGCGGUGGAAGUAACUAAUCAAGAGAUUCCUCAAUAUUGGGUCGAACACGUGGACAAUGUCCUUGCUUUCGACGCCCUCGAACACAAGUAUAGGGGUAUAGGAAUGACUGAUGUGGAAUAUGAGCACGCCUGGCGAAGAAGAGAGCUGCUUGAUGAAACGUCAAGGGAUGGGGUUGAAUCCAACGGGAUUGAGGUCACUCACUGAGUGCCAUCUAAUAAUGGGACGUCAAGCAGGACUGGGAGAUGAGAAUAUAGUUGGGGACGAAGUUGACGGCGAAGGUGCGGCUCGAGACCAUCGAUCAUUCAAAUGGUGCUGGGCAUCGAACCACUUAAUAUCGGCGGGAAACGGGUGUAGAGAGACAUUUCGGUCUUCUUGAAUUUCGGGGUUUGAUUUUUGAUUUUUGUUUCAACGAUUUUUUAACGCUCAUUAGGAUAUCUCCAUCCAGAAGGAGAUUAGUAGGACUAGUUAGCUUGUUAUCAGAUGUUCUACACAUUUUGCUUCUCUUUAAAAAUGUUCUCUUUUCAACUCUCUUCUUCCGCACCUCAUCUGUUGUGCUGAAAUGCCAUCAAUGCUUACAACAGUACAGCUAGGCUUUGGAUGCACUCUUUAUUUCAAAAGGACUUUAUCACUCCAUGGACACUACAUUGUUGUCUUUUGAGCAAUUUAACCUGAAAAGAAUUAUGUAUGCAGUUCAGAAUGAUUACAGCAAUAACUUGAUUCAGAGGCUGGCUUUCUAUCAUUCCUGUAAAUCUGUGAAGUGGAUUCAAAUGCAUCAGGAGGACUUUAUUCUUCUCAUAGUUGGUUGAAAGAGUGGGAAGUUCUCACUUUCUACAAUCAAAGAGAUGAAUUCAGACAAAACUAAUAGUCAAAGUUGAUUUACACUUUCUCCUAUAUUUUUUCUCUUCAGAAGAACAAAGAAUGUCUCC